CUUUCUAGUUCCGGUUUAUCGAAAUGUGUUAAACUUAACGCAAGAUUUUUUAAUAUACUUAACGAGCUUUUCUAUUUUUUUUUUUUUUUUGUGUAUAAAGUAAAAGAGAAUGGCUGCUACUAUUAAUGUAACUUCUCGCAAUUUGACAGAGGUGUUUAUUUUAAUGCGAAAUAAUUCGCUUCAAAACAAGAACAUUUUCUGUGAUCAGAUUCUUGAUGACAAAGUUGCAUUAGUAUCUUCCAGAGAUUUAGAUAGCAGCCAGGGUUUUACAAGAUGUGUUGAUAUUCCACCAGAGUGGGUUGAAGGAAUUGAAGAUGUCCAGUAUGAAAUGAGUAGAAUUAAACAAAAAUUGCAAGAAUUAAAAGCAUUACAUGAUAAAAAUGUUACACGUCCUUCACUUGAUGAUUCUCUUCAUGAAGAAAAGGAAAUUGAAAAUGUUACGCAAGAUAUAACCAGAAUGUUUCAUCACUGCCAAAAGAUAAUACACCAAAUACGAGAAAGAAGCCGAGGUACCACAUCUCGAGAACAUCAAGUCAGUCAGAAUGUUCUGUCAUCAUUAGUUAGUUCUCUACAAGAAUUAUCUUCAAAAUUUCAUUCUGCGCAAUCUGAACAUCUUCGUCAAUUAAGAUCAAGAGAAGAAAAAGCGCAACAGUUUUUUAAUUCUACAUAUCUUUCAAAAUCAAAUGAAAUGUCAGUUUUUGAUUCUUUGCAAGAAGAAAGUUAUAAUCAGAGUUUUCUGAAUGGCAGUGAUCAACAGAUGAUGCUUGAAAGCAAUACAUUUAUGGUAGAACAAAGAGAAAGGGAAAUAAAGCAGAUAGUGAAGUCCAUAGCUGAACUUAAUGAUAUAUUUAAAGAUCUUGCUUGUAUGGUUGCUGAUCAGGGCACUGUUUUGGAUAGAAUUGAUUAUAAUUUAGAGCAGGUUCAGACACAAGUUGGUGAGGGUUUGAAGCAAUUGCAGAAAGCCCAAACCUAUCAUAAAAAGAAUCGGAAGAUUAUUUGUAUAAUAGUUUUAGCCGUGUGUUGUGUGGCAUUAAUAAUCCUUCUUGUAAUAUUAAAACUAUAAGAAAUAUAUGCGAUUUGUACAUUGUGUUAACGUUUCUUGCGUAAAUAUGGUCGUAGACUUAUUUAUGUAUACUAUGAACUAAUUUGCAUAUGGCAGUUAUGCAUGUAUAUAUGCCUAAAUUCUUGAAAGUUUUGUAGCCAGAAUCUCUUGUAAAAGACGGUCAUAGUGUAUAUAAUUUAAAGAACAAAUUAUUAAAAAUAUUUAUUCGUGUAGGAAAACAUAUAAAACAUGCUUCUUUAGUUUUCCAUUUUGAUGUAAAUAAUUAUUUUGUACAGAUGUUAAAAAAAAAUUGCAAAAUGUUUCCUUUCUAGUGAACAUUAAAAAGCUGUAUUUUUCUGUUAUGCUUAUAGACUUCUGUGAUAAUAACUUGUUCCAACAUAUUUUCAGUGCUUUCUUCUUUUAUAUGUGAAUUCAUCUAGAAGUAUCAGAAAUGCAGUUUUUAAGUGAUUGCUUAAGAAUAAAAAAUAUGUGUGAAAGUUUCUUUGAGUAACAGUUGAUAGAUCACAAAAAUAUUAUAGUAAGGUUUAUUAAAUUAAAAAUUGAGUAUUUUACAAGUUUAAAUGUUUAUAUUUUAUUCAGAAAUAUACAAGUAUUUGAAAUUCUGAAGUAGUAACUUCUUUACUUUGAGAUAAAAAAACUAUUACAAAGUGCUAUUAUAUUUUAAGCAAUUAAUAUAUCAUUGCUGUUGCUUCAAUAGGCUGUGCAUCAGAAAUUAUCCAUUUAUAGAUUAAGGUGCCAAAAAAUAUAUAUAAUUGCUGACAAAGUGUCUAAUAAAAGGAAAUAAAAGUAUGCAUAAAUGUAUAAGGGACAUUCAAUAAAUGUUAUGCCUUGUACACUUGUGUUAGGCAAAAAAACAAAAUUACACAUUUCCAAAAUGGCUUAUUCGUUUCCUAUGAAGUUUCUCUUUCGAGUUUACUUAGCCCUUAAUCAGAUAGAUGUUGAAUUCCUGCGAAAAAAAAAAAAGGGUUUUAUUAAAGCUCUGAAUUCAUUCAUGAAAUAGAAUGUCAUAAUCAUUGCUAUAAAGUGUAUGAUGCAAAUGUUAGUUUUCCUUUUGUGGUCUAUAAAGUAGAUUUUGAUGAACAUAAAAGAUGGGAGUUAAAGCGUAAGUUCACAUUGUUGAAUAAGCAGUCUGAGAAAGUUUGGCCUCUUUGUAUACAUACAUUAGCAUGCAACAUUUUUCUGCUAAUUUUUGAGGAUGGUUUAUAAUUAUGAAUUGGGUCAGAAUUGGGUCAAAACUUUGGUGUCAUAAACACCUGUUAUCAUGGCAUUAUGUAAAAAACAAUUGGUGAAUAACAGUUCUUCCAUUUUUGCAAAAAUAAUGGCCAAAAGUCUCCCCAACAGAAGAAGGAGCAUGCCUAUUAUACACAAGGUGAAAACAACAACAUUAAUUAUAAAAAGCUCUACUGUUGCCUAUAAAUAUAGGACAACAUUAUUAUUAAUAUAUUACAUUAUUAUUAAUAAUAAUAAUUAUUAUUAAUAAUAUUAAAUACACAGAAUUAGGCACGUAAAAGAAAUUUUUGAAUUAUAUCAAUACAUUUCUAUAUAGGAAGAACAAAAUUAGAUAGAAUUAAAAAUUAAAUGCUAUUAGCUAAAAUCCAGCACCUCUAUAUUAUGCACAAAUGAAUUGUUAAUUUAAAAUAUACAUAUGCAUUUAAAUAUACAUGUUUUUGUAAUUACAUACAAUGAACAUAUAAAAUAAUUUUAUGUACUAUCAAUAAAUUUACAUAAUAAGAGAAUCUCUAUUAUUAGUAAAAUAAUAACAUUUUGAUCGAUGCUUAAAGCCUAAGUGAGCCUAAGUGGUUCAAGUUAAAUCAAAUGAUGUUUCAUUUGAGGCUUAAAACAAACGUUCACUGUUCUGGACAAACCUGCACAGGGGGGGGGGGAGGGUGAAAACCAAAAUCUGAAAGAGUAAUUAAAUUUCUUUGAUUUAGAAGUAAUUCUGAUAAUUUAAAGUUCAUUCUAAAAUAUUCAUUUUUAAGUCAUUCAUUGAGUCUAACAUCAUCAUUUUAGAAUCUAACAUCAUUGGAUAUCAUUAUAGAUUGCAGUCAUACAUUCAUAAAUAUUUGCUAGUUUAUGCCUUCUUUCAUCAAGAACUCUGUCAGCAAGUGCAGACAUAGCUAACUAGCUUUCAGUCUGACAAAAAUAACCUGAUAAUUACUAGAUAUCCUUGGAUUUGUUUUUAUAAUUCAGAAUUAUGAUGUAGUUAUUUCACUGCAUUUUUUCAUCUCGCAAAUUUAAAUUAUAGGGUACCAUUAUAGGUAAUUGUAGGAAAAUCUAUGUAUGUAUAUAACUGUGUACAUUUAUUUUUGAAUACAUGUGUAUACUUAUAUUUCUGAAUCUGGUUCCGAUAACAGAAGAGUACCGCUUAUAGUUACCUUUAGGAAUACCUUAAUUCUUGUAAGUCUGCUCUUUUCCCUUCUGUAAGGCACUUUGUUUGAUAUACAUCCUUUUGCAGUAGCAGUAAUGAUAUGUUGUUUGUCUUAUAUGCAAGUUAUGGGAAUCUAUGUGUUUAAAUACAAAUUGUAGGAAAAGGAGAGGCAGAUCUAUAAUUCCAUCUUAUGUAUAAAAUAAAUUGAAUAUAUGAUCUGUUAAUUGACUGUAUGCAUUUCGUUUGCCUAAUAUUUUUAUUUAGAGAGGUUUUAACUCAUUUUUAUUAUCUAUGUAUAAAACCAGUUAUCUUAAGUUGGAUGAUAAGUAUUUAACUUUUCUUUACCAGCUUUGCCUUUUUAUUUAUGCAGGUUUAUGAUGGCUAUUAUGGUUUUAUCAACCUUACAACAAAUAACUUUUAUACUUAUUCUAUAAAAGCAAGCAUAUGUAAUUGGAAACUUAUUUAUAUAUUGCAUUCACACUUUUGUAACAUAUAUAAUUUAUAUUACACUAUUUUUUCCUUGAAAGAAAAAAAAUAAAAAUUUUUUAGCACA